AUGAAAGCAGAGGAAGAGGCUGAAAAGAAAAAGAAGCCGGUGGUUGCUGAAGAAGAUAAAGAGAAGCCCAAUUUUGGUUUAUCGGGAGCAUUAGCAGCAGAAACCAACACGACUGUAAAUGGAGUUUUGCUGAAGUACAACGAGCCGCCUGAAGCACGGAAACCCAAGCAACGAUGGAGACUGUAUGUUUUCAAGGGCGAUAAGGAAAUUGAUCUUCUCCAUAUUCACCGACAAAGUGCAUUUCUAUUCGGAAGAGAUCGUAAUGUUGUAGAUAUUCCCAUCGACCAUCCAUCAUGCUCUAAACAGCAUGCUGUGCUGCAAUUCCGUCAGAUCGUAGAAACGGAUGCGUUAGGUCAAGCAUCGAGAAGCACAAAACCAUUCAUUAUCGAUUUAGAAUCUGCAAAUGGAACGUUUGUGAAUGGCGUUCAAAUACCGCCAACACGCUACUAUGAGCUCAAACUUUCAGAUGUAAUCAAAUUUGGUGCCAGCACUAGAGAGUUUGUGCUUCUUCAUGAAAACGUCGACACAUAA